AUGAGCCCGCCUGGAGACGUGAAGCGCAACGUCGUUGCCACCACCGCGACUGACGAGAUUGCGAUCAAAGGAACGGCGGGACCGGACGUCUCUGUUUUCGAGGUCUACCAACCUUCCGCCGACAGCAUUGCGAUCUCGGGACGGCACUUCAUCGACCCGCUUGGGCGCGUGCUGGGACUUCGUGGUGCUAACGUGGGCAGCGCGAGCAAGGUGCCCUCCGAGAAGGUACCAGUCGACCGUAUGGCUGAGAACUCCUAUGUCAACCGACCGUUUCCGCUUGAGGAGGCUCCCGAACACUGGGCUCGCCUGAAGAGCUGGGGUCUGACUUUUAUUCGCAUCAAUGUGACUUGGGACGCCGUGGAGCACGCAGGUCCUGGGCAAUACGACACAGAAUACCUUGCGUAUCUGCGGACGCUUCUCGAGAGUCUUCGAGGCACUGGUCUCGUUGCCUACGUUGACGUCUGGAGCCGCGCUUCUGGCGGCAGCGGUGCACCGGCAUGGACUCUGACGGAGUGCGGCUUCGAUCUGUCCGACGACGGUGCGGCCCUCGAAGCCUCAGGCGCUGCGUACCUCCACGGCAUUCGCAGCUCGGUCAUCGAGGGAGAGCGCGGACUUUGGCCGACCGGUUACCAGAAGCUCGCGUGCGCGACAAUGAACACACUGUUUUGGGGUGGAGACACGUUCGCCCCCCGGUUCAAGAUCCGAGGGCGGCCCGCGCAGGAGUUCCUCCAGAGUCAUUUCCUGAAUAUGUGGAAGACGCUCGUCGACGCUGUCGGCGAUCUCGACACGGUCAUGGGCUUCGAGAUGCUAAAUGAACCGCAUCCUGGUUACAUUUCCAUUCCGACGAUACGAGGAUGGAACUACAACACCGACCUUCACCUGGGCCAGUACCCGACGCCGCUCGAGGGCAUGGCUAUGGGUGCUGGACAUCCCACCGAGGUUGCGAACUAUGUUCGCAGCUGGCCGCAUCCAACCAAGGUUAGCCACAGGGAGCUGGGCAACAGCGACGGUAUCGCCGCAUGGUCGAAGGACGGACCGACAGGCGGACGCUGUCUCUGGGAAUCUGAGGGAGUGUGGUCGUGGAGUGCCGAGAAGAAGCGUCCUGUAGCUUUGCAGGAGGACUACUUCACAAAGGACCGUUCCGGGCGGACUGUGAACUGGUACAACGACUACUACUUCCCGCUCCUCAAGAAAUGGGAGGGUAUCAUCAACGGCGUCGCCCCCGGCAAAGCACGCAUGAUUGAGCCGCUACCCAACGAGUUCUGCCCCGUGUGGCCGGAGGAGGACCGCCCGAGGCAUUUCGUCUUCGCACCUCACUGGUACGACCUUCACGCCCUGUUUAACAAGGCUUUCGGCACCAUGACUGUCAAUGUCCAAGGGGCCGCGAGAGGAAAAUUCAUCCUCAAGUGUCUCUACUUUGGCAAGCAGGUCAAGGACAACUACGCCCUCCAGAUCCGCAACAUCGUCACCGAGGCCAGGAAGAAGAUUGGGGAAGUGCCCGUGUGCUUCACUGAGGUCGGCAUUCCUAUGGACAUGAACAAGCACGAGGCGUUCACUACUGGUGACUGGAAGUGGCAAAACCGCAUGAUGGACGCCUUGAUCAGCGCGCUGGAGUCCUCGCUUGUUCACUUUAGUCUCUGGGCGUACAACCCUCACAACACGGACAGUCACGGUGACGACUGGAACUCAGAGAAUUUCUCCUGGUAUAGCGAUGCCAGUCGCCAUCUCGAGAUUGAGGAUGCGCCCGAGAGUGACCGGUCGCUGGUCGCUUCAUCACCUGACACUGGCGGCAGGCUACUCGGCGUCAUCGUGCGCCCGUAUGCGAUCGCUACUGCAGGACAGCCCCUGUCGCACGUUUACCACGCCGACAACGGUCUCUUCACCUACCGGUGGCGUGACAGCCCGAGCGCGGCGACGGCCUCAGGCGUGCCGCCGAUAAACAGGGUGACGGAGAUUUACCUGCCGAACCGUGUCUAUGGUGCCGCAAUCAAGGACGGAACCCUGAAGCACUUCAUCUCCCCAGGAGGGCGCUAUCGCUUCGACCCCGAGCGGCAGAGGAUGUGGGUUUGGUUCGAGGAUGAUUCGGUCUCCGUUAAGCAAGGUCACGAGAAGACUCGCCGCAUCGAUAUCUGGGUCAAGGAGCCCCAGGAAGACACGCCCGUCGGCAUCAUUGUCGGUCUGCUUGUCAUCCUCGGCAUGAGCUUGUUCGUCCUCGGAAGUGAGGUGUGCAGGAUCAAGUACGGGAAGGCGUGGGUUGACCUCCCCGUUCUCGCAUGGGAGGGAACCAAGAAGCACAGGGAACAGCUUGCGCUGAAGGCGGCCCAGACGGCGGCACAGGCGGCGCAGAAGGUCAACGAGUUGUAG